GGAAUUUCUCCGCGACACAAAAUCACAUCACGAGCUCACAUAAACACGCAAUUUGCAGGCGGGAGAGAUUGGUAUACAAACGUCAAGAUAAACCCCUGGGGCGUCGACAACGUCACGGGUCGAAUGAGCACGAAGAAGACGAGCGAGUGGCGGCUCGAGCAGUGCCGCACCAACCAACGGCGGUAUCGGCGGCAGGCGCAGGAGGGGAUGCGCUCCCUUGAGGAGCAAGUCGCGAUGUUGACGGUUGAAACGGCGCGGUUGGAAGGAAACCUGACGAUUCUUCGGUCGACCACGCUCCUCGCAUCCGCCGGCGCCAAGUUGAUCGCGCACUACUUGGACGUCUUUCGACAUGGAUUGGUCGCGCACAACGAAGCCACACAAGUCCACCUCGUUCGUAGCAUCGUCGCGACCGAUGCGAUCGUGACCGGAGUCCAGGGCGGCGCCGAUGCGGUCCUGGAGGGUUGGCGCCAGUACUCGCGAGCAUUUCCCGCCAUGGAGCUUGUUCAGUCCCACAUGGAUGUCCUUCAUCUCGACUCGUCACAGCUCGUCCACUGCUUCGGUCACAUCGAGUGUCGAAUAUCCCGGCAGACAUUGGAGACGAUCUAUCCACACCUUCUACAGCAAGAUCAAGACCUCGCAUGUAGACUUCUUGGGCAAGUUCUCAAGACUGGCGCGCAGAUUCCUGUCACAAGGCAGUACUCCAUCGACAACGACACAAACCAAGUCACGGAGGAGCUUGUGAUUGCCAAUUUCAUGCGAGGGCUCAUUGACUUGCUUCAGUCGACAGAAGAUGCGAUGCGAGUCAUGGCCGGGGCCAAGAUCGACAUGUGGGGCAAGCUGCAACCAAACGACUUGUCCUAGGUGAUGCAUUCCGUUUGGACGGAGGAUUGAUGUGUGCCCCGUUGAUGCCGCACCUGGCUGUCCUAGACAUUGCUAUGAUCAAUGGCGCAUGAGAUGCAAGUGGCUCGGUAGCAACCUGGAAGACUGGGGUGCGGGGCAUGCUUCACAGAGUCGACCACGACUCUGGCGGGUCUACAGGAGGCUCUCCGUCUGACGAGAACCAAAGACAGUUGGUUCAUGCAAGGGUCCAAACGACCACGUAAUUUAAUCCAGGACUUCAAUGGCAUGCUAUCGCCUCCCGUUGCCUGGCGCAUAUAUCAUGACCUUCCACACAGCGGCAGCGGCAGAGCCUCGGCGUCGGAUGUCGCCACCUGCGUCGGUG